AUGGCAAAUUCAAAAUACGAAUAUGUCCGCGCUUUCGAGCAAUCAGACGUGUUGCUACCUAACACGUGGAUCGUGGUCCGCAUCGAUGGGAGAGGCUUCAAGAGGUUCACAAGCAAAUACGGCUUCAGGAAACCCAACGAUGAUAGAGGCAUCGGUCUUAUGAAUGCUGCCGCUAAAGAGGUCAUGAAAGAAUUGCAAGACCUAAUUGUCGGCUACGGCGUCAGUGAUGAAUACAGCUUCGUCUUCCAUAAAGACUGUACCCUCUUUGAGCGCCGAGCGAGCAAACUCACGACAACGAUUGUUUCCAUCUUCACGGCUUACUAUGUCCAGCUCUGGUCGACCUACUUCCCUCAGACGCCGCUCUCGACGCCGCUGCCGAGCUUUGAUGGGCGAGCGGUCAUGUAUCCGAGUGUCGGAAAUCUGAGAGACUACCUGAGCUGGCGGCAGGUGGAUUGUCACAUCAACAAUCUAUACAACACAGCCUUCUGGGCGCAGAUCCAACAAGGCGGAAUAGAUCCCGUGAAAGCGGAGGAGGAGCUCAUGGGCACUUCUGCGGCGGACAAGAACGAGAUUCUCUUCUCCCGCUUCGGUGUAAACUACAACAACGAGCCUGAGGUGUACAGAAAAGGUAGCGUUACAUUUCGCGAGUGUGAACUGACCGCUUUGCCGUCUGAUACUUCAUCCAGCGUAGUCCUGGACACAACAGAGCACAGUGCAGCUUCCGACCUCUCUUCUAUACCUACUCCUUCCACAUCGCAAGCCAGACCCUCGUACGGGGACGAUCAAGGUGUUCUCCCGCCUGCACCCCUCUCCAAGACCGCAGCGGAGAAGGACCGCAAGCGCCGCGCCAAAGCGCGAAUUGUUGUGGAACACCUCGACAUCAUCAAGGAUGACUUUUGGACCCAGAGGCCCUGGAUACUGACGGGAAGAGCCGGUAAGCCUGUAACAGAGCGGUAA